GAAAUCAAUCAAUCGUGUAUUUUCGCUUUCUUCCUCUUGUUUUCUUGUCCAAACAGAACUCCGUCCCCUCCAGACCAGCAAGCUGUCCGCGGAGGUGCUCCCGUGCUGACACUCUACACCCAUGAUCACUGUUCACUGUGCGAUGAGCUUGUGGAGCAACUGGAGGCCCAGUUCGCCGGCCGGUAUCGUCUGGAGAAGGUCGACAUAACCAGGAAGGAAAACGUGAAAUAUCUGCGUCUCUACCGGCUGGACAUUCCGGUGCUAUUUCUCAAUGGACAGUUUCUCUGUAUGCAUCGGUUGAACGUGGAUCUGCUGGAUCGGCGGUUGAAGGAAUUGGAGCACUCGAAGCAGUGAACGUGUAAGAUGAAAUUGGGGAGUACUUAGGGGAGUUUCCCUCAAAUAAGUGUGGCGUAUAUCUUCGCAAGGAGCUCUUAAAAGAAAUUUGCAUGAUAGCUGGACUGUAAAAUAUAAAUUAUAACAAUCCGUU